UAUACUGACUUGUCCGACUGCUCAUUUGUUAAAACUUAGAAAGCGCCGGCGCAUUUUUUUUUCUUAUUUCCUUGUUAAAUCAGCAGCUAUCACUGGGUGCUUUGGAUCACUGGCGGCGUUAUUAACCUCCACAGCGCACCAACCAAACGUUUCUUUUCACGGCACUGCGCAGGCUAUUGGCGCAGGCAAGCGCGGGCAGCGCAGGCGCACGGGGUGUCUCGAUAUUGCGGAGAGUUUGGCGGGUGGCAGGUGUUCUGUGGGGUGGCUGCUUGCAGACUAUCGGGGCGGUUGUUUAGAGAGCAAGUUUGAAAGGGUGCAACCAAAGAUCCCAACAGCAGUAAAGCCAUGUCCAACAACAGCACCGAAAGUCGGCAUUCACCAUUACCAGCUGGCCUCAAUGCACCAAGGUACGGCACCAUGGUGCCAAAGCGGAUAUUUGUCGGGGGAAUAUCUGUAAAUACGGAUGAAUCGGAACUGCACGACCUCUUCUCACGCUACGGAACGGUGACAAAUGUAAAAAUCAUACUAGACAGAGCUGGAGUGUCCAAAGGGUACGGAUUUGUAACGUUUGAGACAGAUGAGGAUGCCCAGAGGGCAGCAACCGCAGGCAACAACAUUAUGCUCAGGGACCGCAGACUCAACAUCGCUCCAGCAAUCAGAAAGCAGCCACUUUCAAGGGUGUACGACCCAACCCAGUCAGUCCAGCCAGGGACGAUUCUGUACCAAAAUGGCGUGCCUUAUAUGUACCACAAUGGCACUGCCUUCUUCCACCCUGAUGCGCUUACAUAUCAGUACUCGACCCCCUGCAGCUACUCAGACUUCGACGGCAGCUGUUGCUACAGCCAACACAGCUAUAUCGGGAUACCCUGUUGUGUAUCAGCCAUCAGUCUACUUCCAACAGCAGGCCUUCCAGUACCCGAAUGCGAGAUCGACCUUUCUGAGCCAGGGUGGAAGGCGCUCUUCUUCCCCCUUUCCAUCUCAUUCUUCCUUUCCUCUUCCCAAUGCUGCUAUUUUUCCUGGUGCCGCUUUCUUCAUUUCUCGUCCUGCCGUCCGUGGUGCUACAUUCUUGCCCACUCUCAUUUGAUCCACGGGACCACCAGACAAACGUUGCAGGCUACAAGCCACCCUGCCACUGCACACCCAGCCUACCUCUAUCCCACCACUUUGGUGAGCCUCGGGAGUGGUGUUAACCCGGCAUCCAACGAAAGCCAGGAGUACCACGACCCAGCCAUUGUGGAGACUGGCUCUGAGGUAGGUGCCGCCAUGAUGCCGAGCACACCAACGCGCAAGCAAGAUGACAGUGGCGGCACCCCAUCCUCUCUCCUGGCCUCCGCCCCAACAGCAGCGUCGUUGGGCAGCUUCUGGACUAAGGGCCCUUCUAGCCCCUCCAUACAGCAUGCAACCAGUACUUCCCAUGAGGGCACUACCGCCUCUGCCCAAACCCUCCUUCUUGGAACCAGCUCAUCGAUACAGACCCCGCGUCGCCCAAGGGAGUUGGCGCCAAGACAACGGCGUUAUACAGCGCCACCCGAAACCCUUCUCUCCCUGGAGGACUAUACCGAGGGUAGUGAACGGGAUCUCCCUGAUGGUCCGCCCCAACCUGCCGAGCCGAGCAAGCACCCAGGCUCGGGGGCAACCUGGCGCGACUGUCUGUUUGGCACCCCUCCCACACCCUGCAGCACCCGCUCCCAGUGUCCCUGAAAGAUCGUCUUUCCCGCCAUGCUCCUUCUCUUCUGCGCCCUGAUAAUGUUGGGAUGUCAACGAGCUCAUCCUCUUCAACUGCCACCACUUCUUGCCUCGCAGAUCUGUGACAGAUGCCCAAUUCGAAACCUUUAAAGUGUGUCAGCUGCUGCAUACUUUGCUUAUUCUGCCAGUUGACUGUACCUUUUAGGUUUCACUUGCCUUACCACGGGGGUGUUUUUUUCAUAUUUGAAUAUCCUCGGACUGUAUCUACACGUCUCCCUUCUCUCUUUGGCCUGUCAAUACUUUUUUUACUUUUUGGGCAUCUCAUCUUACUAGUUUGCCUAAAUAUAAGAUAUUUUUUAUGGGCAGAUCGUGCAGAAGGUUUACAUUCUUGGGUGACUAGAGCUGCCUGAAGUGUUCACCGCUUGGCUAGGCCCCUUCUCUUCAUUUUGCCAAGAGUUAAACACUUCAUUUCUUGCUCAGCAUACUUUUGUACCUGCGAAGCAAUUGUGGUUCUGCCACCCACGUGUAGCACAUUUUGUGGGGGGGGGAAAGGGGCGUUGUACAGAUUUAUUUGCGUGUUGCACAUUAUACUCGAGUGAGUGACAGAACUUUAUUGUUGAUCUGGCAUAAAGGGGUUACGCAAUACUUAAACAUUACUUCGUGUAGGGAAUAACAACGCAUAAGUGGCUGAAAAAGAAAUUCAAGUGGCCAAUAACUUAAGUGCUUGUUCGAAAGAAGUAGCCUUUGUGAAGGUAUUUCGUUCUCAAAAUUUCUACCAAGCAUUAGUUCUCUUAAAGGACAAGCUUUAAAUUAUCUAUUUGCCAUGUGCACAGAAAUCGGCAAUAGAAAAAAAAAUUUUCAAGGAAUCUAACUGACGAGGCACAGAUGCAUUCGUCUACUACUGCUGAUUUCGGAAGCACAAAUAAAUCAGUACAGCCAUUAACAAAAAAGAGGGUGGGGUGGGGGCAAUGACAAGUGAUAUGAGCUGAAGUCAGCACCUUCAGUUUAAUGUUAUUGAACUGCUUUUUUGAAAAGUUUUGUAAAGUAGUUUUCUGCACCACACUGCAGCCAAAGGUUUACGUUGAUGUUUGAAGUCUUUGUCAAACACUACAUGCGGAAACUAGGCCAAGUUCAAAGUUGCAAGGAGCUUUCUGUAACACAAGGAUUGAAAAAAUGGUCAUUCGUGUGAAUGUAAAACAGUUGAGAGAUGUUAAAAAGAAAAACGGUGCUUGAUUGUAAGUUUUAACUUUUCGUGCACUUGCUUCUCUUGAAGUGUUUACAUCCACAUUGGCUCUGGGUACUUGUGUGUGGAGUGUGUGUCUUAUGAUGUGGUCUUGUUUCAGUGGCAUAACUGUCAACUAUUUAUUUCAACCAGAGCAUUACCAUUCACAGUAUGUGAUCCUAUCAGUUUUGAACAAAUCGGCUGCUGAAGCGAUGCACAGUGUUCCUACUAGUGUUAAGUGCACUGUGGCUAUGACAAGUCUCUUGACUCUGUUAGCAUACUUGGCUUAGGUGCAGAGGUCUUGUUGAGGAACGGGCCAUUCUGCACUUAUCAAAUUUUCAGCUGAUUAGUGCAAUGUUUAUGAAUGUCUCUAUCAUAUAAGAUAACCUGCCUUGGGCAAUUGUAUGACACAUCACUCAGAAUGACACUAUUCCUACCUGGUGUAAAAAAUUGUUGGUUUUAAGACGUUCAGCUCAUAAUGUACCACUGAUUUAUAUAUUUCUAUGUGCAAAGUGCAGCUUUCGAGCUUGUCUGUUAGAAUUAGGUCCAGGAAGUAUACUUAAUGUAAGACUCUGUUCAAGCACUGAAAGCUGAAGGUACCGUUCUUUUGUUACACGAGUUAUACGUCUCGCUCCAGAGGUAAGUCAGGGGCAUACAGGGAAACUGGUUGCCCAUUUCAUGCGUGUAUUCAAACUCCCUUUUUUGUUUACUCUGUCCAUGAUCAGUUUUUCUUCUUUAUAGAGGUUCGCACAGUACACCUGCGUCUGUGAUUAUGGCGGGCAGCAUUACUCAACGACUUAGUCGCUGCUUUCGCCAACUUUUUCUGUUACUGUGGUGCCAGAAAAGCUUUUGCGUAAACUGUUACAGUUUUCGCAUAACGUUCAUGGCAGAUUGUGAUACUGUUUGCCUCAUGUGCAGGUAUUUUUGUGUAGCUUUUUUUAUGCCGUACAAAAAGACAUUUUAGAAAGACUGUGAUCGACAGCUAGUCAUAUAGCGUGUCAUAUAGCUAGCUAUUAAAAAAAAAACUAUUGGGCAACUGACGCCUGUAUCGGUUGGCAAACAGAUGUGAGAGGCAGAACACAAGAGUACUUCAGGAACAAUGCAACCGAUCCACACUGCAAUAAUUUCUUGAAAAACAUCAGCUUCUUCACUUUAUGUGCAAUUGUCACUGUUAAGCACGCACAACAUAUGCGUAGUCGGUUAUAUUGUUUGGCGGGGUGGCUUGUGUGUUGUGCUGAGAAGUAGGCAAGCCUCGCAUUCUAUAGUGUCAGCUGCAGCAUUAAACCAAAAAAGGAUGGUGUGCAAAGGUGUGCAAUGUUUGCUAGACAUUAUUUUUUUUCCCUCACCAUUCCUUGUGUUGUCCUUUGUUUCAAACAUCUAUUUGUGCCAAGAAUCGAUAGUAUAUUAUUCCAUGUUUGUGGUAGUCAUGAGAAGUAUUCGCAAGAAAAGACACAGUAAUGAUCUCAGGUUUUUGCCGGAAGUGGAAGCGCUAUUUCCCGGUUGAUUUUCUUGCACAUGUACACCAAGUGAAAUCGUUUUGUGACAGCCUUUUUUCUUUUUCUACUCUCUCUCUCCAGACUUUCAUGCAGUUUGUUCUAUUCUUUCUGCAAGACAGAAUAAGAGACUUUUCGUAUAUUAACGAUGUUUUGACAUUGUAAUGUGGUGCUAAUUGCUUUUUUUUUUCUCAUGCUGAAUAUUUUUAUUCGUACGAAAGGAACAAUAGAUCAUUUUUUUAGCUGGCAUUUUUAUACAAGUGCUUUUUUUUUUUUCAAAUGGAGAUUUUUUUUUUUUUAUAAAAUCAAGUGGCCAGUGUGAAGAAAACUUCUCUUGGCCCUUUCUUUGCCUCUAUGCAAAGUGGUGCUGUUUUGUAGCUCCAGAAAUUACUGUUUAUAAUAUAAAGCGUGUAUUUGCUGGUAUAGUAACAAUAAAUAAAAGUGAAUGAGCAUAAUCAA